UUGAAAAACUCCCUCGUCGGCUUCCGUCGUUCUGCCCUCGCGCUGCGGAAGUGCUGCACAGAAGCCCAGUGCUGUUUGGAUUAAGACCGCAGCGGCUCGAUUCCAGGUCUCCCCGUGGCCGUAUCUCUUCCUUCGGGACCUGUCAGCGCUGGUUUUGGACGUUUACUACAGCGGUAUUAUGCGAGCAUCGUUCGGAGUGUGGCCGCAGCGUGUGAAGUGAGUUUCGUUGAGUCAUCUAUAUGGGCCAUCUUCUCUCCAAAAAUGGUUUACGCCUGAAGAAGAGGACACGCAAACUGAAUCACAGGAAGAAGAAGAGGAGAAACUGUUUUCUGCGGGGGCCCUGCAUGCUCUGCUUCAUCAUCCACAGCAACAACCGUGAUCUCGACGAAGACAGCGACCAGCUGGAAGCCGGUGUCAACGGGUGCCGUCACAACAGCGUUGCUGGAAUCGGUGUCCCCGGUGUUUGCGGAGGUGGCAUUAGCGCGUCGGCCGCUUCCAAGCUCGCUGAGCGAUACGCAGCACUCGCAUCUCCUGAGGACUGCUCCAAGUUCUUGCUGUCGCAGAGAGAACUCGCUAUCUGGGAAGGCCAGGGGAGGAGUCUUCUGUCGGCGGUUCCUGCUAAACUAAUUCCACCACCGGUGCUUUUCCGGACUGCCGGUGUGUCUGUGACUGUGCCCAUUCCUCUGCCUGUGCCCACCUGCGCCAACGACUGCUCUGAGAUGGUGUGUAAGAGGAAGUGCUCAGAAGUGCAGAGGUGCACCCCUUCUAAGCAGCCACACUGUGCCUUCGCUGCUGCUGAUGGAGAGCUAGAGCAUGACAAAGUGGGGAGAGGGGAAGACGGAGGGGGUGGAGAGGCUGCUUCGAACUCUAAAACUGGCCACUGCCACCUUCCCAUCUGUCCAAUUCCCUCCUCCUCUUCCUCCUCCUCAUCUUCUGCUUCCUCUUCUUCCUCACCUGCUGACGGCUGCUGUGGUUUGGGUCUUCGUCCUGAUUCAUCAGAUAGUUCAGACUCAUCACCCAGCGGCCUGAAUCACUAUGACGACUGCCAAGCAAGAAGUUCUGAUCCUGCUGAUCACUUAAGCAUCAACCACCUGCCUUCCUCCAUCCUUCUUAAGGUUCUGUCCCAUUUGACCGUGAGGGAACGCUGUCUUUGUGCUUCUCUGGUUUGUAAGUAUUGGAGAGACCUCUGCUUGGACUUCCAGUUCUGGAAGCAAAUUGACCUCAGUGGCCUACAGCAAGUCAACGACGAUCUCCUUGUGAAGAUAGCUUCUCGGAGGCAGAACGUGACAGAGAUCACCAUCUCCGAUUGCAGGGGGGUCCAUGACCACGGUGUGACCUCCCUGGCCUCCCACUGUCCAGGCCUGCAGAAGUACACAGCCUACCGCUGCAAGCAGCUGGGUGAUAGCUCUGUGAUAGCUUUGGCUACACACUGCCCUCUUCUGGUCAAAGUGCAUGUUGGUAACCAGGACAAACUCACAGAUGCAGCAUUGAAGAAGCUUGGAUCAAACUGCAGCGAGCUGAGGGAUGUCCACUUGGGUCAGUGUUACGGCAUCACAGAUGAGGGCAUGAUGGCCUUGGCCGGAGGAUGUCCCAAACUACAGAAACUCUACUUGCAAGAAAACAAAAUGGUCACGGAUCAGUCCGUACGGGCCGUAGCAGAACACUGUCCCGAGCUGCAGUUCGUAGGCUUCAUGGGAUGCCCCGUGACCUCCCAGGGCGUCAUCCAUCUCACCGCGCUGCAGAACCUGACUGUCCUGGAUCUGCGGCACAUCUCUGAGCUGAACAACGAGACGGUGAUGGAGGUGGUGAGAAAAUGUCGAAAGCUCAGCUCCCUCAACCUGUGUCUCAACUGGAGCAUUAACGACAGGUAAGAGAAGCAGACAUUACUUUGUUUUUCAGACAACAAAAGAACUGGAAUCGUUUUGUUUUGAAAUUGCUUAAAAAGUUCUUGGAGUUUACUUUGUUAAAGAUAUCUAAACUCAGUUAAAGCUUACCGUUUGUUCAUUUCCUGUUGUUGAAUUGAACAAACGUCUGCUUUUCCGUCACCUUUUUGCUCUCUUUUUCUUCUCUUUAGUCUCUUUGACUAGGCCCUCUCAUUCUGGCCCGGGUCUAAAGUCUCAUAUUUAAAACCUCAUUUAUGUUCAUUGGCACCACAUGAAACAUUGGUUUAAUAGCAUUUGGACACCGCACACACUCCUCUCCCAUCGCCUAAUACGUCUUCCUCUUUUUCAUGACUUCUACCUCUUUUUUUCUCUUCCAUCCUGUGUUUUCAUCCUGUGGUCCUAUCUUUUUCCAUGGCUGUGUUUUAGAGAAGCAGCGCAACAGAUAGAGAAAUCACAGUUUCUUUUCUGAGACCUGGUGUGGUUGUUACAAGCAAGGUCAUACUCUGCUUACAUAAGGUGUGAAGUCAUUUUAUUGGCUAGUUUGUUGCUGUAACUACCCGGUGCUUUCUGAAAUGAUAAUUGGCAUCUUUUAUAACAUUUAUAUUGGGAGCUAAGACUGCAUGAAUAUUUGGCUAGUAGUCGGCUCUGGAUUUUGGAGUACUGUUCUGGCACUAGUGAGUUUUAAGCCUGGUUCAUGCUUCUCCGUCAGCUCCGCAAGGGACAGACACGCACGGAUAGACGGAGGGGUUUUGCUCUCAUACUUCUCCGUCUCCUGGAGAGUGUUGCAAAGCAAUUCCCCGCCAGGACAGCAGAGGGCGUAGCGCUGUUCUGUGGUAUCCUGUCAUGUAUCGGUCCAAGAUAGUGUGUUUAUAUUCUGUUUUUUUGUAUAUAAGAGACUUUUUAACACAGACAAAUUUGUCUCUCAUUCUCCUCCACCUCUUCAUGCGCUCCCCACCUCUAAACCCACAUUUCCUGUCAUUUCUGUCCACAAAUAAAACGCUUGCCGCACAUCUGUUCACUCCUCCAGUCACAGGGGAACUAAAUGUUCAUGUUUUUAGAGUUUUUUUCGCGAGAUACAGUGAUCCCUCGUUUAUCGCGGUAGAUGCGUUCCAGACCUGGCCGCGAUAGGUGAAAAUCCGCGAAGUAGGGACACCAUAUUUACAGUACAGUACUAUAUUGAAUUAUCGUAUGGUCACAUUCUCUUUUUGUGGGUAAAACUAAAGAAAAACAUUUUUUUACUUGUUUUUUUUUAUAGUUUUAUUACAAAAAGUGCAUUUUAUGAUGAAAUUGAUGAAAAAAAAAACAUGAAUUUCUUGAUAUUUCGCAUAGAAAAAUACCGCGAAUUGGUGAAAAAUACCGCAAAUCGGCGAAUUUCCCUUGAAUAAGGCUCCAAAGAAAAAAUCCGCGAAGUCGUGAAUCCGCGAUAAACGAACCGCGAAGUAGCGAGGGAUCACUGUAUUCUUCAAGCUGCUCCGUCUGCCGCUAGUUAUCCUCGGCUCUCUUCAUGUUUUUGAGGGCUCAAUGGCGGCGGUGUAGACGACAGCGGCGUCCUGACCAAUCACAAGCUUGCGUUCUCCAUCUCGACGACCAGAUGUUUAGAAAAGAGAGCUCGACUCCGUCCGUCCUUGCAGGGCUAUCCAGCAGGCCAUUGCGUUUCUCCGUACUGACGCAGACGGAGAAGCAUGAAUCAGGCUUUAGUUGCCCUGAGAGUAGCAUACCUCAGGAGGCAAUGCGAUUAGAGGAAGCAUGGACAGGGGAUUUGUUCAAUGAGCAUAAAAAGGAACAUAAAAUGCAAAAAAAUAUGGGAUUACUAAAAUAAAAGGUUCCUAUAGCAUUUUUUAAAAACAUCUCGGGGAAUAAAAAGGAGGAGUGAUGACAGAAAGCCUAUUGGCCUGUGAUCUUUUUCUUUCUUAUGAGUUUCCCUUUGCACAGGCUCAUGGUUCCUUUGGGGGAAGAUUCCUACAUUCAGGUAGUACCUGUCCUCAGGGAAUCUCCAUCAAAAGUGGAUUCCCCACAUCAUGAAAUGUUGGCCCGUUCUAUGAAUUAUGCAGGUCAAGUCCACAGUAGUGCACGAUAAACCCAAAUUAAAUCAACUCCAAAUACCACACUGCAUUUAAAAGGAUGUUUCUGUCUGCUCUCUCUAAUAAUUUUAUCUGGGGAGUGGAGAAAUACCACAGUUGCCUCAUCAACUCAACAGCUUUUAGCCCAUGUUAUUAAAUGUACAACCAAGAUCCCUUUGGCUUAUUCUUUGUACGCCAACUCCAUGCACCUUCAUGUUAAGUGACUCUUUUAAAUGCUUAAAGAUCACCAAUCUUUUGAGUUUAUAGGACUAUCAACGAGUGGCUGUUUUAGGUUUUAACUUGGGUGAAUUGGUUUGAUUUGCAGUUAAUUUUUUUGGUCUUGGUCACUGUAGCUGGUUUACAUUACAAUGUAAUUGUUGUCUUCUUAAAUCUCUUAUUUCUGUUCAGAUGAUUGACACCCAUCCACCUCUAAGCUGAUGUAGCUACGAGCUAACUGAGCUAACCAAAGCUAACGGAAGUUGGUGGCCACUUUUAGCCAGAAAUCUGCAGUUGAGUGACUCAGCUGCCCUCUCCAUGCUCUAACACUUUUAAUGUGAGGCCAACGCCUUUCUUGGAGCUAGUAGGACGCAAAACUUAAAGUUAAAGUCCCAUUAGUCAUCCCACUUUGUUGAAAUUAUUUCUCCGCAUUUGACCCAUCCUCUGGAGGAGCUGUGAACUGCAGACAUGGUCACACUCUGGAGCUAUUUGGCGGUUUAACCCUCAAUUGAGCUCCUUAAUACUGAGGCCUAGUCCACACAUAGCUGGGUUUUUUAAAAAACGAAUAUCCGCCCCUCCAAAAACUUGCAUCCACACCACCUCGUUUAAAAAAAAAACUCUGGUCACACGUACCCGGAUAAAUACGUUGUUAAGGACAUGCCAGACCUGUAGGCGGCAGUACUUCCCCCAUUUUUAACCUCGUCCUUCGUCUGUGGUCUUCCGCAAGGAGCAGUAAUUCCGCUUGCAAAAACAAACAAGCAAAAAGCGCUUGGACAAUUGAUAAAGCGAGCGCGGCUCUGAGGGCAUCCAUGCUGUCGGCUAGUGUAAACACAGGUCGCACACGUGAUGUCAGCAUUUUUUUGUCGUGGAAAGUGACGUUGCGGACCUUAAAACUCCGGUUUUGUCUGUCCACACGCAGACACCCAAAACGGAGAAAACGCAGAUCUUCACUUUGGCCGGAGUUUUUAAAAAGAUCCGUUUUCGUGUGGAUGACAGGCCAAAACGUAGAAAAAUAUCUACGUUUUGGCAGAUCCCCGGCUACGUGUGGACAGGGCCUGAGUGUCAAGUGGGGAGGCAUUGGGCCCCAUUUUUGAAGUCUUUGGUAUGACCCGACCGUGACAUUGAACCCACAAUAUUCCAGUCUCAGGACAGACACUCGUACCACUUUGCCACUAAGAAAGCUGCUAGCACUCGUGCUGAUAGCUCAUUGGACAUAUUUCAAUCAAAAGGACACACCCCUAAUUUUUCAUAAUGUCAAGCAUUAAUUACAUCUAAACGGAUGAGUUGCACAAAAAUUUACCCCCCUCAGAGUUGACAUGGUGGUAAACGACAUAUUGAACAUAAACAUGUAAACAUGUUUAUUUCUGCUGUGAAGUUGGCAUUUUUAACACGGGAGUCGGUGGUAAUUUGGAUCUGACUACACAUGUCUCUGGUGUAACUAGACACACUCAUACAGUUUAUCAGUAAAAAAUGUCCAUUUGGGUGGGACUUGCUCUUUAAAUACAACAUAAUCGAAGCAUAAGGUCUUCUACUCUGACUCUAACUCACACAGGUUGCACAGCGGAGAACUUGGGAAGAGCAUCUUAUUAAUAAUUUGGGUCAAUAUUUUUCAUGCAUUUUUAUAUUUACAUUCAAAAUUCCACAAGGGGGCCGACUCAAACACCCCAGCAGGACAGGGAUUGGCCCACGGGCCGUCUAUUUCGCACCCCUGCCCUAAAAUAAGAUUAGUUUAUCUGUCUUGUCAUCCCACUCUUCGAUUAGUCCAAACUCCUCUUUUUUCUAUCACUUCUUGAGUUCUGUUUUUUUAUACUUUAGCCUUUUGAUUGACCUUCUCCUGCUCUUGUAAUCCGAUGAUGUUUUAUAAACAUGCGAGGGAGGAGAAGAAGAAAGUGGGCGAGAGCUAAUGUCCUCUGUGAUGUGUGUUCACAUUCCAACUAUAACAGUCUGAAUCAUCAUUUAAGUCAUUUGUAAAAGCUUUUUGUGUGUGUGUGUGUGUGUGUGUGUGUGUGUGUGUGUGU